CCCUCAACACCUCAGCCCCGCCCCUUCCGCCGCUUUCCUCGGCGGCUCCCGGGGCUGCAGCCGCGCGCGGUGUCGUCUCCAUGGCGACGAGCAGUCUACGGCGCGCAGCUCCGAAACCCGCGCGAACCUCCAGCUGGGCCGGCCUUCGCCGACUGCCCCUCAGAUGAUCCGCUGGAGAGGGCCACGAGCGGAUUUGGCCCUAAAUUUUGUAUUCCAGAAAUCCCUAGGGAUUAUCUAGACAAGACAGAUGCUGUAAAGGCACCAAAAUAUAGACAGAAUGGCAAAUGGCUAGUGUUUGAUCCAAAGGAAAAAGUGAUGAUUGAACCAAAUGAAACAAUAUCAGAGAAGGAAGUCUCUUCAAAAAGUAUUGAAAAUAAAGUCUCUUUAAAGAAUACUGAAAAUAGAGUACCUUCAAAGAGUAUUGAAAAUAAAGAUACAGAAACAAAUCCACAGCCUAAGCUAUGGUCAUCAUACUUCUUAAAAGAAAGCACAGGUGAAAUGGACAAAGAUGAAGUCAUUGCAAAGCAGGAGAAAAAUAAUGAAUAUUGCCUUCGGGAUACUGAUAAGUUCUUCGAAUCAACAGAAGAGGAUGGUGAAGAUGACACCAAUGGUGAAGAGAAUGAAGACAGUAAUCCAAAUAAGGACACUCGUGCCCCAUUAGAGUUAAUGGCAGAAUUCCUGAAAGCAGAAAUGGGCCAAGACUACCAUUUGGCUAAAAAAUUAUGUCAGAUGAUCCUAAUCUAUGAACCAGAAAAUCCUGAGGCCAAGGAGUUUUUCUCACUUAUUGAAGAAAUGUUGCUAAUGGAGAAAGUUCAAAAUCUUGAAGAUGACCAAGAGAGUGAAGAAGACAGCAGCGGGGAGAGUGAAGGAGACAGCAGCGGGGAGAGUAAAGGAGGGAGCGGUGAGGAGCCCAGUGAAGACAGCUCUGAUGAAGGUGAAGACGGGGCAUGACAGGUGCUACUGUGGUUUCCUCUUCAUAUAUUUUCAUUACUGUAUCACAUGGAAAUAUAAAGAGAGCUGCAUUUUAGUCUAACUGUUCUUUAUUUGGUACAGAGUUAUGUUAAUUCAUCCAUAUUAGUUUGAACUCUUUCCUAAUAUUUAGGUCUUUGAUCCAAUGUGAGUUACUCAGAGAGGAAAACAGUAUUUUGAAAACACAUAACACUGUGUGCCAGGUACCAUUCUACACACAUUAUUUAAGCCAACAAACCCAUGAGGUAAGUACUAUUGUUGUUCCCAUUCAACAGAUGAGAAAACUAAGGCACAGAGAGGAUGGGUAGUUUGCCCAGCAUCAUGUACCUAUUGAGUGGUAGAGCCUGGAUUUGUAUGUGGACAUUAUAGCUCCAGAAUCAUACUCUUAGUCCCUCCAUGACCACCUCUUCAGGUACUUUUAUAUCAUUUGUUUUAUGCUCUUUAUAGCAUAUAUCAGUACCUGACAUUCUUAUUUGACUACUUGCUCUUUUUAUCUUCUCCCUUCCUGUCAGAAAAUGUAAACUCCCUGAAGGACAUUGUCCUUUUCAUAGCAACUGCACAAGUGCCUGGCAAACAAUGUGAUGUAUAUACCGAGUGAAUGCAUGAAAACUAUCAUGAAACCUUUACACAGCUUUAUUACACCUUUGAUGUAUCAAUCCACAUUAUUUUGCUGAUUCUGUAUUCCUUGAUGAAUUUCUGCCACCUUCAAAAUAAGUUGUAAGGUAACUUAAGUAAAAUGAGAAAACUAUUCCUAAGUAA